UUUACAAAACAAGCCCGCCUUUUACGUUACAACACGAUACGAAAUACAAAAGUCUAUCUAUAGUCUACUGUUGGUUCUUCAUGGGACGCCAGCCAAUAUUCAGUUGUAACGACGACAGUCGCCGGUUCGGAUUUUAAAUAGCGAUAUGGGGUAUAUCACCCCAACAAAAGUUUGAGUCAUAACGUAGGGAGAGUGCGGACUGUUAAUAGUGGUAUUGUGUGCAACUUUGAAUUAUUUGUGGCAUCUGGAAACUAUAAUAAUGUUUUAGUUGUUAGGUUGUUAGUGACUUGGGUCUACCACGCUGCACCGCAAUGUUACGCGGGUACCAAUAAAUUCUUGGUAGUUUGGGUAGUUGACUAUCGUUGUGCACACGGUUUAUUUUAAAGAAAAUAUUAAUAACAUGUGCUGUAAUGGUGGUGAUAAAAUUAUUGCCAGUGUUUUCAGUGCGAUGACCGGUAAAAGUAAAAUUUGCGCGUUCCUAGAGUGACAAUAAAUAAUUGUGUUUGAGCAAAAGUUGAAAGAUUCAAGUGCCGUAACUGUUUGUGCGUAAAAAUGACGAAAAAGAAUAGCAGAGAAAAGUCACCGAUUCGAGCCGGAUUCGCUACAAUUAGCAGAAAAUUCAAGAAUAAAGAAAAGCUAAAAAGGGAAGUGCGUACUGUAACUCUUCACAAGGGCAACACCGGUCUUGGAUUCAAUAUCGUUGGCGGAGAAGAUGGAGAAGGCAUUUUCGUAUCAUUCAUUUUGGCAGGAGGUCCAGCGGAUUCCAAUGGAGAACUUAAGAGAGGAGAUCAAAUUCUUAGCGUUAAUGGAGUUAAUUUGAGGAGCGCGACUCAUGAAGACGCUGCUCAAGCACUAAAAGGCACUAGUCAAACAGUCACAAUGGUAGUUCAAUAUAGACCUGAAGAGUACAAUAAGUUUGAGGCCAAAAUAAAUGACCUCAAGCAACAAAUGGCUAACCCUGUCACGGGCGGCACUUUAUUAAGAACAUCACAGAAGAGAUCUUUGUAUGUUAGGGCUCUUUUUGAUUACGAUCCAAUGAAAGAUGACGGAUUGCCUUCCCGCGGUCUAGCUUUUCAAUACGGUGACAUUCUUCACGUGACCAAUGCCAGUGAUGACGAAUGGUGGCAAGCCAGACGAGUAUUAGUCACUGGAGAUGAGCAAGGUAUGGGUAUAGUACCUAGCAAAAGAAGAUGGGAGAGAAAGCAAAAAGCUAGGGACCGAUCUGUCAAAUUUCAGGGUCAAGGAGGACAUGCGGAUAAGCAAUCGACUUUGGAUAGGAAAAAGAAAAGCUACAGCUUUAGUCGCAAAUUUCCAUUUAUGAAAAGCAAAGAUGACAAAUCGGAAGAUGGAUCUGAUCAAGAACAAGCACCAUUAUCCGACAACCAAUCUAACGGUAAUGAAAAAACUUCCUCCAGUAAGUAUUUUGAUCCUCAAGUUCCAGAUAAUAUCGAUUUAAUAAUAGUGAUAUAG